GCGGUCUAGUGCUAGCACGGAAGGCAUAGAUUCAUGAACCAAAUGAGUUGUACUUGAAACCAAGGAAAUUAUAUAUAUACAUAUAAACUUUUACAAAAUGGAUCGGAAAUCUUACAUUAACAUGGACUUUAUUUUUUGCAUACUUUUUGGAUUAUUAAUAAAUUACGCCACAGCUCAAAGAAUUGCUUCAAAUACAGGUAUGUUUCAACAUUUAUUGGCGGCGAACAAACAAAAGUCAAUCCCACAGAUGCCAGCCAAUUCAGUUCUAUUAAAAAAUUCACUUUCCAAUGCUGGGACAGCAAUUUUGGCAGCCGCUCCUCCUGCGCCUAAAAAACAGGCAAUAUCGUUAAGUGAUGCAUUAGCAGCUAUACAGAUGCGUCUUGGACCAUCUCAAAGACUAGCCGAGUUAUCCCGUAUGCUUACCGGAGAUAAAUCUGCAAAGACGGAAGUUCAACGACAACCUCUGCCAAAGAAAAUAACAAUUACACGGCCGGCUUGGCAACCUGCGCCGGUGAUUAAAGUUGCGAAACCAAGCACGCCUCCACCACAGAAAAGCGAAAAAAAUAACGUUAAAACUAUAAAAAUCAGCAUAAAAAGAACAACAAAGACUACUGAGACAGGCCAAUCAUCAACAAAGGUUGCAAAACCGUCAGUUACAGUGACAGAAACGAAACAACCAUCUCCCGUUAGUAAGGCAGCAAGUCCUCAAAUGUCUCCAGAUUUAAUGAGAUUAAUAGAGAGACUGCGAUCUGGACAAAAGCCCGCUGUUUCUGCUCCAGGGGCGCCACCGGCUUCCCCUGCAGUCAGUCAAGCGUCGUUGGCGGCACUGCUACAACAGUCGCACGCUCAAUCUAUAUUGCAAUCCCAGCAAGUUCAAGCUCAAGCACAGGCACAAGCACAGGCACAAGCACAAGCACAAGCACAGGCACAGGCACAGGCACAGGCACAGGCACAAGUUCAGGCUCAAGCUCUUGCUCAAGCUCAAGCUCUUGCACAGGCACAAACCCUUGCACAGGCACAAGCCCUUGCACAGGCGCAGACUGCAGCGACAGCAGCAGCAGCCGCCGCAAAAGCGGCAGUACCAGCAAACCCCGUCAAAAGUAACUUGCCUCCAGAACUAGCAGCGCUAUUUGCAAAUUUUCGACCGCAAUUUAAACUCCCUGCUCCAACUCCUGCUCCAAAAGCUCCUGCACAACCGUCAGCUGCAAAGAUUGCUGCCAUUUUAGCAGCGAAUGGAGUCACGUCGGCACAAUUAGCAGCAUUGACAGGUGGAAAUGUUCCUUCAUUGCCGCCGACCCCUAAUCCCACCGCAAACACCAUCUUCCCAGGACUCAGUGGAGGAAAUUCUGGAACUCAAAUCAGUGGAGGAAAUUCCGCGGCACCAAGUGGCGGUAAUGCUGGAAUGAAUAUGGCAAAUAUGGCAAGUUUUGCCGCACUUCUUAGUGCGGCAUCUCCUCGUGCAAAACCGAGCGCUAUUGAUGUAGCAGCCACUGCAGGUUUAGCAGCAAGCUCAGCGGGAGCAGUGAGCAAUAGUAUCUCGGACAUGAUUGAUACGCAAUUGGACGUUAUGUCUGACGUUGCUGAGGCUAAUAUGGGAUUUGGUUUAAUGGGACGGAUGGGUAUGAUGGGUGGGAUGGGAGGAAUGGGUGGAAUGAUGGGAGGGAUGAUGGGAGGAAUGGGAGGAAUGGGAGGAAUAGGAGGAAUGGGAGGAGGAAUUGGAGGAAUGGGAGGAGGAAUGGGAGGAAUGGGAGGAGGAAUGGGAGGAAUGGGAGGUCUAAGUCCAAUGGGUGGUCUCGGUUCUAUGGGUGGUCUCGGUUCUAUGGGUGGUCUAGGUUCUAUGGGUGGUCUAGGCUCUAUGGGCGGCGGAAUGUUUGGAGGGAUGGGUUCGUUAGGGUUCGGUUAA